UUUCUCGUGGUGGUGAGGUUGUUUCUGUUUUGGGAUGAAUUGAUUAGACUCUGCUUCACUGACGUUGCAGAUAAAAAUCUAGACAAUGCAGAGGAAGCAGCAGAACAGUUCAAAUUGAUCCAGGCUGCAUAUGAUGUGCUGAGCGAUGCACAGGAGAGAGCGUGGUACGACAAUCACAGGGAAGCUCUUUUGAAAGGAGGCAUUGAUGGAGGCUACCAAGAUGACAGUCUGGAUUUGCUCCAGUACUUCACCGUUACGUGUUAUUCCGGCUAUGACGAUGAUAAAAAGGUCAGGCUUAAACACUCCCCUGAGCAAGUAACAUUUACCUUUGGGUGACCCCUGAGACCAGAC